UUUCACUGUGUAAACUCGUUACUGUUAUUUCGUCAGAGGGGAAGUUUCUCAAUUACGCUUUGUGAAGAUCUUGAGCUGUAGAAAUGGCGGGUCGGGGGAAAACAUUAGGAUCUAGUGCGGUGAAGAAGUCGACUUCUCGUAGUAGCAAAGCUGGCCUUCAAUUCCCUGUGGGUCGUAUCGCUCGGUUUUUGAAGGCCGGGAAGUACGCUGAACGUGUUGGUGCCGGAGCUCCGGUCUAUCUCGCUGCUGUUCUUGAAUACCUCGCCGCCGAGGUUCUUGAGCUCGCUGGGAACGCUGCAAGAGACAACAAGAAGACGCGUAUAGUUCCACGACACAUUCAACUUGCUGUGAGGAACGACGAGGAACUAAGCAAACUACUUGGAGAUGUGACUAUUGCCAAUGGAGGAGUGAUGCCUAACAUCCAUAAUCUCCUUCUCCCCAAGAAGUCUGGUCCUUCUAAGCCCACUGAGGAAGAUUAGUUUAUAAAAGACAUGGAAUAUCUGGAAAUUGGUUAAUAUCAGUUAAAGCUCAGGACUGCUUUUGUUGUUCUCUAAUUGUUUCUUUUGGUUACUCAGCAGCAAUAGAAGCUGUGUGGUUUGUACUAGUUGCAAGGAAACCUUGUUUUCACUUUGUGUGAAUAUAUGAAGAAAAUUAUUCUUAA